AUGCGAGAUUCGACCUCUGCACCACUCUUCUGCUUUGCUUUGCUGUGCUACGCCUUGCUCGUGGUCAAAGCGAUCCCCGCGUCGGUUCAACCUUUGUCGCGCGCUAAAGUCGUCGCCUCGCUGCCGUCAAAGCGACAGCAGCAACAGCAGGAAUCCGUGCUUCAAGACACGUCAUCACCCAAGAUCGUUGCCUCUACCACCAUCGACACCCUCGCUAGAGCAGCCGUCCCCGACACGGUUCAAGCUGAGGCGCAUGAGGACCGUUUCGUUCAACCCGACGUCGGCCCGCUCAAGUCGGUACAGGAGAAUGCGGAGGAACAAGUCGUACGACCAACUUCGAUCCGAGCCGCCAAACCUCGACAUCCCCAUACGAUGCCUAAUUUCAGAGUACGGCCCGAACUGAGGUGAGAACUGCCUGUCCAGUUGUGAUGCCGUCACCGCACCCGACGAGGAAUGCCGACGAGCGCGAAUGCGACACGCUUUGUUCGCUCGACGCGUCCUUCGCGCGAUCCACGACUUUGGCGCGCGUUGAGUGAUCCCCGCCGCCGCGAAGCGCAACUAUGAACUAUUACUGACUCGGACUGGCCACCACCGGUACUGUCACUUUCUCAUAGGCUCAAUAAUGUCAUGGCCAAAGAUAACUCGCCCUUUGCUAGAGGCGUACGCGACAUCGGCCAACGAGCGACGAUGCAAAGGAUGCCUGCUCGCGCCUCGGUAAGUCAGCAGCUUCGCUCAAGCAAGGUCCGGGGGGACGUCAAAUCACUGACGUGACUUGAUCCUCUAGCCACCAAUGCUCGCCAACCAUGAAGCUGAGGCGAGCCGCAGCGCCACCAAAUUGUACACGGAUUUGAAGCGCGCUGUCGAAGAGUUUGCCUUGUCUCGGUACGUCGGAGCCGCGGAGGCCAACAUGAGGAGGGGUUGCCGGCUGAUUCAAGUUUGACCUGUAGGAGACCUGGCUUUGUGUCGAGCAACCCCCCUUUCGAUGCUCGCAAUCAGUCGAUCUAUCUCGAGCUUCCCCUCGAAGACGUGCAGAUUCAGAACGAAUGGCUUGGCGUGUCGCUCGUGGCCGCCAUGGUCGAUCCGUAAGUCCAGCUUUCUGCCAUCUGUCAUUUUGCCUAGACUGAGGUGCUACACUGGUUCCGCAGGACAUCCGACCGGAUUGCCGUGCCUAGAGCAAUCGCAGAGAUGAUCUAUUCGUCCAUCGAGGGCGCUUCUAUCGACCCGCAUCUGUCAGACACUCGAGGGACCGUUUUCUCCUAUCCAUGCUCGUGGGUCUUUACAUUUAGUGAAGCACACUCGACUCCGGGAGCUGACCCUCAGUCAUUAUUGAAACCGGAUCAGCACACCUAUCGACUUCAAGUUCCGACUUUCCCAGGCCUCAACGUCGAUGAAGAACGAUCGCGAACACCAGGCUGAGGAAUCCGAAAGGACAUUCCGUCUCAAUCAGUUCCGAAUGGACACGCUUGAACCUCAAUCCACGCGAUGCAUCGGGGCCGUGUACGGGCUGGAGGAUCUGACAGAUAUCGCGGGUGACGUGGGCUUGGCUGAGGGGCGGUUGAGCUUUCAGAGUCACAGAAGGAGAAGAUGA